CAACGAUGCAGCAUACGGCAGUGUGUACAUUUGAGCAAAGCUAAGGACAAAGUGAAAAGGAGACGUUUCUUCGGUGGCUAACAACGUUGAUUAAAUCACAUAAACGUAAAGGGCGCCUUCUUUCCUGACAUGGCCAACCCUUUAAGGGGUGAAGUUAUUAGGUUGUACAAAAAUCUGCUAUAUCUUGGUCGAGAAUACCCCCAGGGAGCAGCUUAUUUCAGAGAGCGUCUAAAAUCAGCCUUCAUGAAGAACAAAGACGUCACCGAUCCUGAGAAAAUCAAACAGCUGGUGGCGAGGGGGGAUUUUGUCAUCAAGGAGCUAGAGGCUCUCUAUUUCCUGAGAAAAUACAGGGCCAUGAAAAAGAGGUACUAUGAGCCUGAGAAGUAAUAACAUGCACAGAAUGACACAUUGUUAAUGGGAGCAGUAAAACACAAUAUAACCAGUUUGUCAGUGAUAUUCAUUAAACCAGUCUUGUUGAUUUACACAUUUAUUUACACCCAAUACCAAAUACAGUAAAGCCAAAAGCCAUUCUUUGCCUCAGAAGGGAAAUUAGUACUCCAUAUUUGAGUGCUAGACAUUAUAACAACCGUUACACCGUGUGCUUUUUCAUAUUGCACUUUAAUGAUUGUUAUAAUCUCAAAUUCUAUUUUGUGCUGAUUUUUUUUCCUCGAAAGAGUCAUCACCUCCUGUUUGGCUCUUUGUGACAUUUAUUCUGGUGCUUUUUGACAGGUCAGGCAAUCUAGAAUAUUUUUUGUGUUACCCUCGGUAUGUAAUUGUGUGCAGGGCUGCGUGGUCUGUGUUAAACUGACUGAAUCAUAUUCAGUGAACUUUCAUCAGCUUUGAAAUGUAUAUAUUUGUAAAUAAAUACAUAAUCAAGUUGCUAAUAAAGCGAAUGUACAUGACUGUAUAUCGUCACUAUUUGGAAAAUAUGUUGUAAAAAUUCAUUUUUCCAUCAUCAUAAAAAGAUUUUAACAAAUUUCCGGUAUCAUUUUUAUUCUAUAUUAUUUCAUCUUACACUUUUUCCAUAGUAAGGUUUCCUUUCGAUGGCAGAGAUGUAAAGUUAAUCUAAGGUCUUUUGUUGACAGCCAUUUAUCUUUCCUGCCAUUUUCAACCUUCCUGUUCAAUUUAUUCCUGUUUAUUACAUGUCUUAACCACAUAAAUGUUAAAAAUCUGGAUAAGACUCACAUACCCUUUUCUAAAACAUCAGUAGUGUCUUCACUCUUUUAGCCUCCUUAGUAAAACUAGUCUGUGGCUGGCUUUCUUACAUAUUUCACCUGUGUUAGUGACUUACCAUCUCUGUGUGUAUGCAGCUAUUUAAAAGACCGGACUGUAUCUACAUCGGGGUCAUACAGUGUCAGUGAGAAGAUGGGAGCUGUUUGAUUUGAGAUUAGUUCUUUAGUUUUGCCAACAUUAAUUAGCAGGGUGCUAGCUCUGCACCACUGCUUAAGUUUAGAAACAUGAGCAACAUAAUCUGUCAUUAACAUCAUAAUAAAAAUGGCCCAGUACAGCCACAUCAUCAGCAUAAUUGAAAAAGUUUAAAAUUAGUAUCAUUCAUUCAUUCAUUCACAUUUCAUUCAUAUUGACUGAAAAUAAGUGGGGAUAUAACACAACCUUGUGGGGGUCCUGCAUUUAAAAUAACUCCUGUGGGAGAGCAUGCUUAACUUGAACUCUGAGGAUAAUCAGUUAAAAAAUCUUUAAUGCAGUGAUACCACAUAAAAAAAAUGUCUCAAAAAAUUGACAAAUGCUUGGUGUCAUUUUCUUAUAAAGAGGACUGUUUAAAGAGUUUUUUUUAAUCUGGUAAAUUAGUUUGU